AUGGACUCGCGUGAUUCAAAGCCUCAAGAUGCUGAGUGGAUGGAGUCACGCCAGGGACAGACAGGAACGCCAACUCCGGCCGAAGACGAAGAUGAUAUUAUGCUCCAGGCUCUGGGGGUUUGCGAUGGAUUUAGACCAAACGCGGUGACCUCAACAACAUCAUUCCCAGACAGGAAUCCAGUAUCAACUUACUCCAGCCAAGGAGAGGCCAUUCCGUCGACGCCGGUAGACCGCAACCUGACUGUAUCGCCGCUGAGUCGACAAUCGAGCAUUUCAAAACCACCCAUAGCAUAUAACCCAUCCGCAGGAGCACAUGCACUCGGCAGCGAAAGUCUACAUCCAUUGCACAAUGCAAGACCGUCAUAUCCACUAUCUCGUCAGGUUAGUUCAGCAACCUCGAUAUCUACGACAUCAUCGGCUUUCACGGACGCUGCGCCUGUACUCGUGCGGGAACAAUCAUACCAGGGUCCAUCCGGUCCAUCGCACCCUUACACAUUGUAUCGCCAAGACAUUGGCCUCAAUCGAUCCCUGAGCGUAAAUACCACAUCAACAGCUAGGCCAUCGGCCGAGCAGCCAUUUUUGCGCUCUAUUGGUCCAGUGCAUCCUUAUGGUCUGUACGACCAAAACACAGUCGGUAUUGAUCAGAUUGUUGCUGGGUCUGGUCUGGCAGGGGGCAUUGUUGGGUUUCCGGGUAUUGCUACGGACAGUUACAGACGGAGAUUGGGGCCUGAUGGCGAGGAAAUCGGUGGUUUGAUUGGUCCUCACGGACACACAGAGGAGCUUCCACCAUAUACAAGAUAUCCCGAUGAACAGUACGCUCGCAAAGUGAGGGAUGCAGAGGCACUCAGCUCACUCUCGUCACCACCUCCGUCGGCGCAACCACACGUUUAUCCGCAGCGACGGCACGAUAACCUGGCGCAGGCGCCGUUACCGAUCCCCGGUGCUGGCGGAAUGGGAAUAGCAGCGAGAAACCCAGAGUUCGAUUCGAUAGACGAUCUCACAUCACCAGCACUUCGCCACUCCUCGGGAAGUUAUACAUCAGCCGCAACCCUCAGCCAGCACGGCAUAAACACCGAGGCCGCGGCGAUUGUGUCGGAAAACGAGAAACCUGCAAAGCGGUGGCGGGCAACGGGGAAAAGACGGCUUUGCGGCAUCAUCCCAUACUGGGCUGUUCUUCUAGCUCUCACCGGGCUUCUUGUUCUCGGGAUAAUACUAGGCGCCGUUGUAGGAACCUAUGCUGCCAGGCGAGAACGAGACAAAGAAGCACCUGGCGGAGGACCAUCGCCAGAAACUCCACCUUUGUACGAUGCCACACCGAUACCUAUACCAAAAGACCUACCCGAACUACCCGAGGGCAGGUUUGGCAUGCCUCUGGUCAUCAGACAGCAACCAAAUAUUUGUUUCAACGACACGACACACGCCCUAGCCUGGUCUUGCAGCAUCAUAUUCGGUUUCGGUGCCGCAAUGACCAUGGACGUCAAGAAAGAAUCCGAUAAAUACAGCGUAUCGAUUGGGGCCAACGACAGCUUAACCAUCAACAACGGGCUCUAUGCAUAUGGUACACAGCCUCAGGUUAUCCAGGGCACUCACGUCCUGCAGACUGUCGUUGACCUGCUCGAGCCGAGCCGAGGCCCAGCUUGGUUCAAGAUGCUGCCAUUUAACAAGACUGUAAUCGUACCCGAGAACUUGCUUUCAGCUACGUCGCCAAACACGGCAGCUAGGUUCCGCCGGGCACUAAACCCGCCUGUCUUUGGGCCUAACGACUUCAGGCACAAGUUCGCGGCUCAGCCUGGCGACAAGCCAUGGAUCUGCACCUGGCCCGACACCCUACUCGAGAUAUUCAUAUACCCGAACCAGAGUUCCACCCCGGCAAUAGUUGGCGGACAACCAUCCAGCAUGGGCGCGGUGGCUCCUACCACGACGCCUCCGUCGCUCACUCGAGGAGCGCCGUUUCCAUUUUUGACAGGGACAUCAGUUCCGACUGGUGUUUUCUCCGACUUUUUCGGCGCUACCGAUCGCUUCUCGCUCCCGACUCCCGGCCCGACGCCCACCAUCGCGGCAGGCGAUGGCGAGUUCGCGCCACUGCUGCCGGGCUACCCGCGGGUGGUCAAGCUCGAAGAGCGUCGUGUUCAGAAUUCGCCUCGGCCUGUCUGUCGGCAAGUCUUGAUUGAAAAUGGAGGCACAGCCAAGCCGGUCAUGAACAAUGGAAAGCCCGUGGAGAUCACCAUCCUAGAGCAGGGGAACAGUCCACCGCUGACAAAACGCAGUGAGGGGGAUGGCCACCUAGGCGCCGAAUCGCAACAUAUCGUUCGCAGAGAUCCGGCUGAUGUAAGCGACUGUGGAUGUGUAUGGUUCAUGAACUGA